AUGAAGUCCUUCGUUGGUCUUUCGCUCGUCGCUGUGGUGUUCGGGCACUACACCUUCCCCGACCUGAUCUACAACGGCGUCACCUCCGACGAUUGGGAAUACAUCCGUCAGACGACAAACUACCAAUCCCACGGCCCCGUUCAGGACGUGACCUCGUCCCAGCUCCGGUGCUACGAGCUCACGACCCCCUCGACCGCCAAUGGGACCCAGACCGUCGCCGCCGGCUCCACCGUAAGCUUCCGCGUGGACCCCGCCAUCCAGCACCCGGGCCCACUGCAGUUCUACCUGGCCAAGGUGCCCUCGGGGCAAACGGCGGCGAGCUUCGACGGCGCUGGCAGCGUCUGGUUCAAGAUAUACGAGGAGCACCCCACCAUCACGGCCGACGCCAUCACGUUCGCCUCCAGCGGCCUGGCCCAGGUCGGUGUCACGAUCCCGAGCUGUGUCGCGCCGGGCGACUAUCUGCUUAGGGUCGAGCAUAUUGCGCUGCAUUCGGCCAGCAGCACGGGCGGGGCCCAGUUUUAUAUAGGCUGUGCGCAGUUGACGGUCACGGGCAGCGGGACGAAGACUUUCUCGGGGGUUGCGUUCCCAGGGGCUUAUGCGGCUACUGACCCCGGCAUUCUGAUCAAUAUCUACUGGCCUAUUCCUACGAACUAUACGAACCCGGGGCCCGCUCCGGUAUCUUGUUAG